CUUACUCGUGAUGAUAUGCCGCUGAUGAUGAGUGAGUUUAUCCUCACCAAUAACAGCACUGUCAUGCUGGACAACAGAGAUAUGAAGAGCUAUAGGAUACCUUUCUACAUCACUAGGUUCUUUCUUGAAGAAACAGACAUGCCUGAGUUCAAGGACGGGAGAAUCUCAUGCAUAAACUAUCAAAAACACCCAUAA